UAAGCGGACGGUUGAACACACGGGCAGGGUAUGUAGCCACGAUGGAGUCAGUUCUUACCGUUUUCUUCUUGGUUGUUGUGGUAGCCCCUGUUGUAGAAAAUUCACACGGUGAAAAACACAUAAAUCCGAAGAAAGUAUGCAGUGAUGAAUCUGUCUUGUGUCACGAUGGUUUACAAUGUGUGGAGAAGACCAAAUUUUGUGAUGGUCAAAAUGACUGUGUCGAUUUCUCAGAUGAAAUUUUUUGUGGGAAACAGAACUGUACUCCAGUGGAGUUCCCAUGUCUAGAUGGAGAACAGUGUGUACCUAGAGCCCAUAUAUGUGACCACUCCCAUGAUUGCCACGAUGGCUCUGAUGAAGAUAUAUGUGAGCCCACAGAGAGAUGCAAUAAACAUCAUGGGAGAUAUCUGUGUAAAAAUAAACAACAGUGUAUAAAUAUAAGUUUAGUGUGUAAUGGUGAAUCUGACUGUCGAGACCAUUCAGACGAGGGAGGAAAAUGUGCGGAGGCAAGAAGAAACUGUACAUCUGUAGGCUAUUGUGGUCAUUCCUGUCUACCGACUCCAACAGGUACCGUGUGUCAGUGCAAGGAAGGGUUUUUGUUCCAGGGAAACACAUGUCAAGAUAUAAAUGAAUGUCAAGACAAAGUCUGUAGUCAGCAUUGUAUAAACACACCAGGAUCAUAUAAUUGUUCCUGUGAUGAAGGGUACAACCUUCUAGAUGACAGGCAGUGUAUAGCUAAUGGUUCUGAUCCAGUAUUAUAUAUAGCAGCAUACAACAGAAUUGUAUCAUACAACAUCAGGUCUUCUAACAAAGAACUGGUCACAGUUGUAGAUAACCUCAGUCAUGUUCAGAAUAUAGCUGCAGACGGCAGACAUUUAUAUUGGACAGACCAGAAAGACAAGGCAGUAUAUAAAUAUGACAUUGACGAUGGUCACCUGUGGAAAGUGGUUGAUACAGGUGUUGACUCUCCUAGAGGUAUUGCAGUAGAUGCAGUGACAAAUCACCUGUAUAUUGUGGACAGUUUUAAAAAUAGAAUAAUUGUGUGUGAUAGCUAUGGUGAAGUAUGUACAGUGAUACAGAAAGAUUUGCACACACCAGAGGACAUAAUCAUUGUAAAUAAACACAGAAUUCUUAUUUGGUCAGAGGUUGGUAAGAAUCCUGGCAUAAUGAAAUCCCAAAUGGAUGGCAAAAUGAAGAACAUACUAAUAAAUAAUGAUAUUCAGCACCUAAGCAGUCUUGCUGUAGAUGCACCUACAGAUAGGUUGUAUUGGUUAGACUCUGUAUUAGAUAGGAUAGAAAGUAUCCAGCUGGAUGGUUCAGACAGACAGAUUGUACUCUCCAGGAAAGUUGUAAAUCCCUUUGGACUGUUUGUUUUUGAGGAUGCCAUGUAUUGGGCUGACCAAGACCAUGCAUCUGUGAUGUCUGCUAAUAAGUUCAAUGGCAGACAGUUGUUACCAUUGGCAACAGGAAUAAAUCAUGUGACUAGUCUUGUUAUAGACCAUCCAGUUUUGUAUCCUUCUGGACAUGGUUCAUUGCAACAAGGCAAGUUCUGUUGUCUUUCUAUGGAAACUGAUAAUGAUGUUUUACAAAUUCAAUUUAUUUUCUAGUCCUAUAACAAAGUUCUCUAAAAGAGGUUUUGACCACCAAAAUUUUGUAUAGGACCAACACAGUUUUGGUAUUUUGUAAAAGAAAUGAAAGUGAGGACCAGCAGAUUUUCUUGAACGACCAUCGGGGAAAAAAAGAUUUUGAGAACUCGACUACAAAA